CGCAGCAGCAUUGUGCGACCGAGGCAGAGUCUUGCCGGGCUCAUUUCGCCGCUUCUCCACCCGGCUGGUCUUUUUGGAUCCCACUGCAAUGGCGGAACAACAGCAGUUCUACCUCUUGCUGCGUAACCUGAUGAGCCCUGACAACACCGUCAGGAAACAGUCAGAGGAGACCUAUGACACUAUCCCAGGCCAGAACAAGAUCACGUUCCUGCUGCAGGCUAUUAGAGAUGCAUCUGCUGCAGAGGAGGUCAAACAAAUGGCAGCAGUGCUGCUGCGAAGACUGCUGUCAUCUUCCUUUGAGGAGAUCUACCCAGGCCUGACCCUGGAGAUGCAGACGGCCAUCAAGACAGAACUGCUGACCAGCAUUCAACAGGAAACAUCGCCAAACAUCCGCAAGAAAGUCUGCGACAUUGCUGCCGAGCUCACUCGCAACCUUAUCGAUGACGAUGGGAAUAACCAGUGGCCAGAGAUACUAAAGUUUCUGUUCGACUCUGUCAACUCUGACAACGUUGGCUUGCGAGAAGCUGCUUUGCACAUAUUCUGGAACUUUCCCGGUAUCUUUGGAAACCAGCAGCAGCAUUACAUGGAAGUUAUUAAGCGCAUGCUCGUUCAGUGCAUGCAGGACCAGGCAAACCCACACAUUCGUACCUUGGCAGCUCGGGCAGCUGCUUCUUUUGUGCUGUCGAACGAAAGCAACUCGGCACUACUGAAGCACUUUGCUGACCUGCUGCCAGGAAUCCUGCAGUCUGUAAACGAGUCCUGCUACCAGGGAGACGACUCUGUGCUCAAGUCGUUGGUGGAAAUUGCAGACACAGCACCCAAAUACCUGAGACCCAACCUGGAGGCCACUCUGCAGCUCUGUCUGAAGCUGUGUGCCGAUACCAACCUGACUAACAUGCAGAGGCAGUUGGCUUUGGAAGUCAUUGUCACACUAUCUGAGACUGCAGCAGCCAUGCUGAGGAAGCACACAGCUAUUGUGGCUCAGAGUGUACCCCAGAUGCUGGCAAUGAUGGUUGACCUUGAAGAUGAUGAGGAGUGGUCCAUGGCUGAUGAGCUAGAAGAUGAUGACUUUGAUAGCAAUGCAGUGGCCGGGGAGAGCGCUUUGGACCGAAUCGCAUGUGGUUUGGGAGGAAAAAUAAUCCUCCCCAUGAUCAAACAACACAUCAUGCAGAUGCUGCAGAACCCUGACUGGAAGUACCGCCAUGCAGGACUGAUGGCGCUGUCUGCCAUUGGUGAGGGCUGCCACCAGCAGAUGGAGGCAAUCCUCCAAGAGAUCGUCAGCUUUGUCCUCCUCUUCUGUUCAGACGCUCACCCGAGGGUACGUUAUGCUGCCUGCAAUGCUAUCGGACAGAUGGCCACAGACUUUGCCCCAACUUUCCAAAAGAAGUUCAAUGAUAAGGUAAUUUCAGCGCUGCUCCAGACCAUGGAGGACCAGAGCAAUCCUCGGGUGCAGGCGCAUGCUGCUGCUGCCCUCAUCAACUUUACAGAGGACUGCCCCAAAUCACUGCUCAUUCCUUAUCUUGACAGCUUGGUGCAGCAUCUCCAUGUCAUUAUGGCGUCCAAGCUGCAAGAGCUGAUCCAGAAGGGAACCAAACUGGUCUUGGAGCAAGUGGUGACAUCCAUUGCCUCUGUCGCAGACACAGCUGAGGAGAAGUUUGUGCCAUAUUAUGACCUGUUCAUGCCGUCACUGAAGCACAUUGUAGAAAACGCAGUGCAGAAGGAGCUUCGGCUGCUCCGUGGAAAGACCAUAGAGUGCAUCAGCCUAAUUGGCCUGGCUGUUGGCAAGGAGAAAUUCAUGCCAGAUGCCUCUGCCGUCAUGCAGCUUCUCCUGAAAACCCAGACAGACUUUAAUGACCUAGAAGAUGAUGAUCCUCAGAUUUCAUACAUGAUCUCAGCCUGGGCCAGAAUGUGUAAGAUCUUGGGGAAAGAAUUUCAACAGUAUCUGCCUGUGGUAAUGGGCCCUCUGAUGAAGACUGCCUCUAUUAAGCCUGAGGUGGCCCUACUUGACACCCAGGAUAUGGAGAAUAUAUCAGAGGAUGAUGGCUGGGAGUUUGUAAACCUGGGAGACCAGCAGAGUUUUGGCAUAAAGACGGCCGGUCUGGAGGAGAAGGCCACAGCCUGCCAGAUGCUGGUGUGUUAUGCCAAAGAGCUGAAGGAGGGUUUUGUGGAGUACACGGAGCAGGUGGUGAAGCUGAUGGUUCCACUGCUCAAGUUCUACUUUCAUGAUGGUGUGCGGGUGGCAGCAGCUGAGUCGAUGCCCUUGCUGCUAGAAUGUGCCAGAGUCCGUGGACCGGAGUAUCUCACACAGAUGUGGCACUUCAUGUGCGACGCGCUCAUAAAGGCUAUUGGAACGGAACCAGACUCUGAUGUCCUGUCAGAAAUCAUGCACGCAUUUGCUAAGUGUAUAGAGUUGAUGGGAGAUGGCUGUCUGAACAACGAGCAUUUUGAGGAGCUGGGUGGCAUUCUGAAAGGAAAAUUGGAGGAGCAUUUUAAGAACCAGGAGCUCAGACAGGCCAAGAGACAGGAUGAAGACUAUGAUGAACAGGUUGAGGAAACAUUACAAGAUGAGGAUGAGAAUGAUGUGUACAUCCUCACCAAGGUGUCAGACAUCCUGCACUCGGUGUUCAGUAGUUACAAAGAGAAGGUGCUGCCUUGGUUUGAGCAGCUGCUGCAGCUCAUCGUCCAGCUAAUAUGUCCCAACAGGCCGUGGGCAGACAGACAGUGGGGUCUGUGCAUCUUUGACGACGUCGUGGAGCACUGUAGCCCCUCUUCUUUCAAAUAUGCAGAGUAUUUCCUGCGACCCAUGCUGCAGUCACUGUGUGACUCGAGUCCUGAGGUUCGUCAGGCUGCCGCCUACGGCAUCGGUGUCAUGGCUCAGUACGGAGGAGAGAACUAUCGCCCGUUCUGUACAGAGGCCAUUCCCCUGAUGGUCAGAGUCAUCCAGGCAUCAGACUCGCGCUCCAAGGAGAACGUAAAUGCUACCGAAAACUGUAUUUCUGCUGUUGGAAAGGUCAUGAGGUUUAGGCCAGAGUGCGCUAAUGUCAAUGAGAUCCUCCCCCAUUGGCUCAGCUGGCUGCCACUCAACGAGGAUAAGGAGGAGGCUGUCCAUACGUUUGACUUCCUGUGUGACCUCAUUGAAAGCAACAACCCUAUUGUCCUUGGGCCAGACAACUCCAACCUUCCUAAGAUCUUCCUCAUCAUCGCAGAUGGAGUUGCAAAUGAAUCCGUGAAGAGUGAAGACGCUUGUAGCAAACGUCUCGCAAAUGUCAUACAUCAAGUACAGGUGUCAGCAGGAUUAUGGACACAGUGUGUAUCAACGCUGAAUGAGACGCAGCAGAAAGCCAUUCAGGACCUACUGAAUACUGCCUGAGCCCGAACCCCACUCAACCUCCCCUGCUCUUCAAAAAGCCCAUGAGGAAAAGUUGAGCUCCUGGAUCUUCUAAAUACACUCUUCUUCCUCCUGCUCUAAUCUAUAGUGUGUAUGGAUGCUGGCUUCACCACCCCCACCCUACUAUUGUAUAACUCAACCUACAUUUAGUUGACUGGGGAGCAUAUUGGACAUUUGAGAGAACUUUGGCCAUCCACAUCAGACUUUGACCCUGUGUCCAAGCCAGUGGGGACGUUUGUCUAUCAGUCAUCCUGGUCCUAUCACGGUUAAGUCUAUCUGGACGUUUUGUUUCCAACCUUCCCUGACGUUUGACUUGUCUCGCCUGGGCCUGAGGGACUUCGGCACAUCGGCUGAUGAAAACUCAUCACAGUCUGGCUCAAAGGAGCCACAGUGGGUGGAAUGUGGGGACAGGACAUUCUAAUGGACUGCGCAAUUAAUGGGGUGAAAAUGCACACUAGGCAAUCACUGCCUGUCUCCUGUGAAUUAUUAUUUUUUGUUAUCUUUAUUUUAUUACUCGUUCUGCAUUCCCCGUGUUAGCGGGGGUGACUGCCUCUGCCUGCCACAGCUUCAGAGGUCAUGUUUCAGCAGUAACGGCAUGUUCAAGUGGCUAACUCUAGAAAACAAUAGUUAGGAAAUUUACAUCAUUGUCUGGGAAGUUAUCAGUGACUUAUGCAGCUUUCCGCCAUAGCCUUCCAGACAGCUGUUCACAGGAAAUGAAAUAAAAUAAAUCUGAAGAUGCAAUGUUCCAAUGUGGCACCUUUUUUGUAAAGAAAGCAGAUUUAGAGUAAGGGGCUCUCAAAAGUCAGUAACCUAGAACUUUAGUUGGUAACAGCCACAUGGUUUAGCAACUUGGAGGAAUUGUAGAGUAUUUGUCAACUGCGUGCUAACGUUCAUAUACUCUUAACUUCAUGGUUUUGACCCUCCUGCAGGUCUGAUGAAUUACAGAAAAUACCUACAAUAAAAGUAAAUUUGACAAUUCUGA